AAUAUGGCUGACUGAUUUGCUUGCAAGCUAAAUAUUUUUCUGUGCAAAACUUUUGAGCAUUUGACUUUCUUGAUUUGUGGAUUCCAUCUAAAGAUAUGGGGCAAAAUGUUAACGAAGGUCCUCCGGAUUCACGGCUUACUAGAAUUGAAGCAACAAGAAAGAUUGAGCGGUUCUGGUGUUCGUAUCGUGACAAACAGAUGUUCAAGUUGCUUAAAUAUGCCAUAUGUGCAGCGGAACAUUCUCUCACUUAUGAAGUGUUAAGAAAAGUGUCGCCACUUGAAGCAGAUCUUCUGCGGGAUCCUGUGAUCCAGGCCAGAGUGAGGUUUAGAUUUGGAGGAGCAGAAUUUCCACCCAUUAUUAUGUUUAAGAUUUUCAUUCACAGUGGAGGGCAAGGUGUCAAGUAUUACUGUGGUAAAAGGGUCAUUAAACCAGCAUCUGAGGCAGCAAGUGAUUCCCUGAGACUCAUGGGAAAUCGAAAGUUCUAUGAUCAGUUAAUAGCCGACAUGUGUCAGCAUGAGAAAGACAGAAUAACAGAUGAAAUUGAUGUGACGACAAUGAAAGACUAUAUGCAGUAUUUAAGCCAUGUGGAUGAAUGUCCAGCGGAAACUGGAGGAAAAUCCAACACAUGGAGAAGACUUACUCUUGAUGCUAUUCCAAGGCAGAAUAUAGUGCACGAUAUCUUUAGUUUUGUGGCAUGUGGUGUCACAACCCCUAGACUGGUAGAAGAAUGUCCAGAUCUGUUGUCACUAAGACCAGCUACUCAGGAAAUUCAAGUGGCCAGUAUUAGAGCUAUUCCUAUGUACAGGAAAAAGCCACAAAUAGACUACAAUAACCCAUCUCCCAUCAGGAGGUCGCGUCAAGCUAAAGCAAGAGUUGCAAAAAUGAGAAAAAUGUUUGGAUUGGAUUCUCCAAAACAGACUGAGAGCCUGCAAAGAAUAACGCCAGAGGUUGAAGUGCCUGUAGAGGAUAUAUUUGAGGAUGACGACUGGGAAGAUCAAGCUGAUAAAUUGUAUGAAUGGACACAGAAUUUAUCCCUUGACGAGCUGGGAGAUACUUCGCCAUGAAAACCCUCACUAACAAAUUGAAAACUUGCAACAAAAUAGUCUGAGAUCAUUAAGAGUCAUGCAAGUAGAGGUAAUUGUUAGAGGAAUGGCUUCCAGCCCUUUGUUUGGAAUUCUAUAAAACAAGGACUAUGAGAAAAGGUCACAUGCUCAAGUCAAGAAUGGUUGCUGCGGUGCGAUAAUGUGUAACAUGGUGAAGUUUGCUACAACAACUGUAUAUGCAAAUCAGAGACAGGAAUUAUUUUCAAGUCAGAAAGAUCUGGUCUGCAUUUGAAAAUCGCUUUAUAAGUUGCCAUCAGUAAAUAAAUUCAAAUGUUGAGCAGUUUUUGAAGAAAUGAAAACAGUGUUAAAUAAAUAGGGAUUUUGUUUGCUAGAUAAUUCUGCAACAGUAUUAAUAUUAUUAUUAUUACCAAUUAUCAAUAAAAAAACAAGAAACAUUAAAGAAACUGUUACAUUUC